ACCCAGGACUCUUCUGGGUCGACAAGCAAGUCACGGGGGUUGGCUUCGGCCUUUCCUGCCUUGGCCCGGAGGCCGAGGGGAGCCGGUCCCGAGGUGUUUCUGGGGCGCGAGCUCGCCGGCGGCUGCGUCAUUUAGAAAGGACAACUCUUUCACUUCAUGCUGAGUCCCCUCCACGAAGAAACACUUGCUCUUCAUGGAGUGGGUGUGGAUGGAGGAGUAAUCUAAAGGGGAAGCUCAUGGAUAUUAUUACAUCCACGGCCAUCAUCCCCCUGCUCUGCGGCUGUGUGGGAAUCUUCGGCCUCUUCAAGUUGCUGCAGCGGAUACGCAUGAAGGCCUACAUCCAGGAUUCGGUGGUAGUGAUCACCGGAGCGACCUCUGGCCUGGGGAAAGAAUGUGCUAAAGUCUUUCAUGCUGCUGGGGCCAAACUGGUGCUGUGUGGCCGAAACCGAGAGCGACUGGAGGAGCUUGUGAGAGAGCUCACCACCAACCAACCCAAAAAGACACACAAACCUCAUAUUGUGACCUUUGACCUCGCUGACUCCAACACUGUGGUCCAAGCUGCAGCCGAGAUCCUAAAAUGUGUAGGAUAUGUGGACAUACUGAUUAAUAAUGCAGGGAUCAGCUAUCGGGGCACAAUAAUAGAUACUACAGUUGAUGUAGAUAAGAUGGUGAUGGAGACAAACUACUUCGGCCCCGUUGCUUUAACAAAAGCAAUUCUACCCUCCAUGAUUCAAAAGAGACAAGGCCAUAUUGUUGUGAUCAGCAGCAUUCAAGGCAAAAUCAGCAUUCCUUUCAGAUCGGCAUAUGCCGCCUCGAAGCACGCAACCCAGGCUUUUUUCGACUGCCUGCGAGCAGAGAUGGAGCAGUAUGAAAUCGACGUGACUGUAGUCAGCCCAGGCUAUAUCCGGACAAAUCUCUCUCUCAACGCUGUAACUGCAGAUGGAUCCCGAUACGGAGUGAUGGACAAGACCACAUCAGAAGGCCGAAAUGCUGCAGAGGUGGCUCAGGAGGUGCUCUCUGCGGUAGGGAAGAAGAAAAAGGAGGUGGUGGUGGCGAGCUUGAUACCCUGCCUGGCGGUCUACCUGAGAACUCUGUCCCCCAGGCUCUUCUUCAAGUUCAUGGCAGGCAGAGCCAGAGCGGAGAGAAAAUCGAAAGCCUCCUAAUCUUGCUUCGGAGCCAAUUGGCUCCGUGUCAGCUGUGAUUAUAGGGGAAAAGAAAUAUGCUACCUGUAGGGGUUGUCUGUACAUGGAACAGGUGAGCUUAUGGGAAACUCUAAUUAAAAUGCGUCUUACAGCCGGGGAGAGAGAGAGGGGCAAGUGCUUCUCUGUAGGGCAUGGGUGGGUGGGAUCCUCUUAGCGUCAGGGGGGUAACCGAAAGGGAGAAAAGGAUAAGGUACCUAGAGACAACACUUCAUUUUCCUGAUGGGAUUUUGGGGGUCCUUCAAAGUGGGAGGGGAAAAAAAAACAAUCCUUAGCAAACCCUGUCUGGAAUCAAGCCUGUGUGGAGAAUAGGGGAGAGAGGAAAAGGGGAAACUGUCCUUCCCCAACUGCCGCAUCUGCUGUCCCCUUAUGGUCCCAAAAGAGCUUUGGCCUAUCAUCUGCUGCAGUGGUUUUCAAAGCACUUCAGUGAUUAUAUUUUGACAGAUCAGUCCAUCUUUGCUCUGCUUUCCUCCUCCUCCUCCUCUCCCACUCAAACAGCAAAGUCUGGAUUUGAGAACCA